CGCUUUUGCGACAGGGUGACAGCCAAAGGGUGCGACAAGGAGCGGCGGCGAAGGAGGCGGGACCCGCGAAAGGUGGCGGGCGGAGGGACUGGCGGGCGGAGAGGGGAACGGGAGGAGGCGCGCACGGGAGCGAGCACGACGCGGCGGAACACCCCCCCCCCCUCAUGUGAAUGUGAGCGGAGGGGGCAGCUGCCGCCGCCGCCGCCGGAGGAGGAGGAGGAGAGAGCGAGAGCGCCCCCCUUGGUCCGGACCGGCCUCCCCACUGGCGGCGGCGAAAGCAGCGCCCAGGUGCGAGGUCCAGACCCAAGAGCAAUGGCGUCCAACGCGGCGGAAAGGGAGAUUUUCCUCACAGACCUGCAGCAGGUAGAUGUGCGAAAUAUCCUUGUCUCUGACAGCGUGAGCAUUGGACAAAAACUGGACUAUUCAGACAUAAUGGUACAGCAGAAGUUGGAUGAAGUAAAGGACCAAAUUAAACGGGAAAUAAGGAAGGAACUUAAAAUCAAGGAAGGAGCAGAAAACCUUAGGAAGGUCACUACAGAUAAAAAAAACUUGGCUUAUGUGGAUGACAUUUUGAAGAAAUCAAAUAAGAAACUAGAAGAAUUACAUCAUAAAUUACAGGAAUUAAAUGCACAUAUUGUUGUAACAGAACCUGAAGAUGUUACAGAUUGUCCCAGGACUCCGGAUACACCAAACAGUGAUCCCCGUUUUUCCACAAAUAACAGGUUGAUGGCCUUAAAAAAACAGUUGGAUAUAGAACUGAAAGUGAAACAAGGAGCAGAAAAUAUGAUCCAGAUGUAUUCAAAUGGUUCUUCAAAGGAUAGAAAGCUUCUUGCAACAGCGCAACAGAUGCUGCAGGACAGCAAAACAAAGAUUGAAGUUAUAAGGAUGCAAAUUCUUCAGGCGGCUCAGACAAACGAAUUAGCUUUUGAUAACGCAAAGCCUGUGAUAAGCCCACUUGAGCUUCGAAUGGAGGAACUGCGGCAUCAUUUUAGGAUAGAGUACGCUGUGGCAGAAGGAGCAAAAAAUGUUAUGAAGCUACUUGGAUCAGGAAAAGUUACUGACAGAAAAGCUCUCUCAGAAGCUCAAGCAAGAUUCAAUGAAUCAAGCCAGAAAUUGGACCUCUUAAAGUAUUCAUUAGAACAAAGACUUAAUGAACUCCCUAAAAACCAUCCCAAAAGCAGUAUUAUUAUAGAAGAGCUUUCACUUGUGUCAUCACCAACAUUAAGUCCGCGGCAAAGCAUGAUAUCUACGCAGAACCAGUAUAGUACAUUAUCCAAACCAGCAGCUUUAACAGGUACAUUGGAAGUUAGACUCAUGGGAUGCCAAGAUAUUUUGGAGAACGUACCUGGUCGAUCAAAAGCCACAUCCCUUACUCUUCCAGGAUGGAGUCCAAGUGAAGCCAGAUCAUCUUUUAUGAGCCGAACCAGUAAAAGCAAAAGCGGGAGUAGCCGGAAUCUUUUGAAAACAGAUGAUCUGUCCAAUGAAGUCUGUGCUGUUCUGAAACUGGAUAAUACUGUGGUUGAUCAAACUAGCUGGAAGCCUAUUUCCAAUCAGUCAUGGGAUCAGAAGUUUACACUGGAGCUAGACAGAUCACGAGAAUUAGAAAUUUCUGUUUACUGGCGUGAUUGGAGAUCCCUGUGUGCAGUGAAGUUUCUAAGGUUGGAAGACUUCUUAGAUAACCAGCGACAUGGGAUGUGCCUCUAUCUUGAGCCCCAGGGCACUCUAUUUGCUGAGGUUACUUUUUUUAAUCCAGUUAUUGAAAGAAGACCAAAACUUCAAAGACAGAAGAAAAUUUUCUCAAAGCAGCAAGGCAAAACAUUUCUCAGAGCUCCUCAAAUGAAUAUUAAUAUUGCCACUUGGGGAAGGCUGGUGAGAAGAGCUAUUCCUACAGUAAAUCAUACUGGCACUUUCAGCCCUCAAGCUUCUGUGCCUGCCACAGUGCCAGUGGUUGAUGCUCGUAUUUCGGAGUUAGCAUCAACAGCUAGCGACUCCCCUGUAGCCAAAUUGGAAUUUGAACUUGAAUCCGAGCCCCCACUUACUCCACCGCGUGCUUCUUCUCUCGGAGAAAUAAGUGAACCUUCACCUGAGCAGAAGGCUCCAGCUACACCCACUCAGAUUUUUUUUCUUCUACACAUUUCACAGGAUGCAGAAACAUUUGAGUUUGAGCAUGACAGAAAUAAUUUUGUCCCCAAACUUCAGCCGGAAAUUAUUUGUGAGACUCAAAUGUCAAACUCUGAUAUAGAGUAUACUAUACGAGAACCUGAAGAUAGAAGAAUGCAACAGAGAUUUCAGUUUAGUUUACAAGACUUCCGAUGUUGUGUCGUUCUGGGCAGAGGACACUUUGGAAAGGUCCUUUUGGCUGAGUAUAAAAAUACAAACGAAAUGUUUGCUAUUAAAGCCUUAAAGAAAGGAGACAUUGUUGCUCGUGAUGAAGUAGACAGUCUGAUGUGUGAGAAGCGGAUUUUUGAAACUGUGAACAGUGUAAGGCACCCCUUUCUGGUCAACCUCUUUGCUUGUUUCCAAACCAAAGAUCAUGUGUGCUUUGUAAUGGAGUAUGCUGCUGGUGGAGACCUCAUGAUGCAUAUUCACACCGAUGUCUUUUCUGAACCAAGAGCAGUAUUUUAUGCUGCCUGUGUGGUUCUUGGACUGCAAUAUUUGCAUGAGCAUAAGAUAGUUUAUAGAGAUUUGAAAUUAGAUAACUUGUUGCUGGACACAGAAGGCUUUGUGAAGAUAGCUGACUUUGGCCUCUGCAAGGAAGGCAUGGGAUUUGGUGACCGGACAAGUACAUUCUGUGGCACUCCAGAAUUUCUUGCUCCAGAAGUGUUGACAGAAACAUCUUAUACAAGAGCUGUGGACUGGUGGGGUCUUGGUGUGCUCAUCUAUGAAAUGCUGGUUGGUGAGUCUCCCUUUCCUGGAGAUGAUGAAGAGGAGGUUUUUGACAGUAUUGUAAAUGAUGAAGUAAGAUAUCCUCGGUUCCUUUCUACAGAAGCCAUCUCCAUAAUGAGAAGGCUUCUGAGGAGAAAUCCAGAGCGGCGUCUUGGUGCUGGUGAGAAAGAUGCAGAAGAUGUCAAAAAACAUCACUUUUUUCGAUUGAUAGAUUGGACCGCCUUACUUGCCAAGAAAGUGAAGCCUCCUUUUGUACCAGUCAUAAGAGGAAGGGAAGAUGUCAGCAAUUUUGACGAUGAAUUUACCUCAGAAGCGCCUAUUCUCACUCCACCCCGGGAGCCACGGAUACUUUCAGAAGAUGAGCAGGAAAUGUUCAGAGACUUUGACUACAUUGCUGAUUGGUGUUAAUUUCAUAGAUACUGUGAAAUCCUGCAGACUGUCUCAUGAGAACAACAUCGUCCCCUCCCCCUUAAGAAUACCAGCCUUUGGAGCGGUCUCUACUGCCUGUAGCUUCUGAUUUUAAACCACAUGAAGAUUUUUUUUUAAGUACCGUUUUUAAUACACCCAAGGAGUGCCCUCUUGUAUACCUUUUUUUUAAAAAAAAUAUUGAGCACUGGAAAGCAGUUCUUUGCAGCUUUUAAACUGAAUUGUUGGGUACAGUUUGUGUUCACUUUCAUAUGAGCACACACAUCCUCUGUACCUUUUAAUAUUUUGCAGCAGACAACAUUGCAAAUUACAUGCCUUAAAAAGUGGGACAGCAACCAGACUGACGACCAUCUACCUAGAUUUUAUUGAAAGAAGGCAAAAGCUGGCCCUUUUAAAAAUGGGAAAAAACAUUACUGCAGUCUCCCCAAAUAUGUUGAUGUGAAGAUGAUUAAGCACACUGUUGACUUGAGUUUUUAAGAAAUAAUGAGGAUUAAGAACAUAUGCCUUUUUUUUUUGUAACCUUUCUAUGGUAUUUAUUAAGGGUGGGGGAUGUGUUUAAAGCCUUAGCUAUGUGAAAGCAGAGUAAGUGCUUCUGAUUUUUAAAAUACAGAGAGUACCAAAGUCACUUGCCAAACAUUGUUUGCCUUUAAUCUCUUUAAACACUGUUCAGAAAUAACCAGCAGAGAUGAAGAAUGUAAUGAAUAAGAAUGUGUCUCUUUGGUCUUAACCAGGAAACUUUCUAGAUGGAUUUAUUCCCUCAGAUCCAGUCACUGUUCUAUGCACUCUUUCAGUCAUGCUUUUUCUCACUAACUACAAGGAUAGAUCCCCCCCCUCCCCAAUUUGCUAAUAAUAUCAUUCACUUUGUAUGUGCUAACUUGGUGUUACCAUAUCAUUUUUAUAGAAUGAGAAACUUCAGUGUAUACAUGUGAUAUACAUGUAUAUUUAGAAGUCACAAUGUAUGUACUUUUGUUUCAAGCACCACUCCCCAUUGGUUUUUGUUCAGUGGCCAUGUGAAUGUAUUUUUAAAACCAGAUUUACUGGAAAAGAAACACUCUUUUAUAUAAGGCCACUGAAUUCCACAACCUUCAUUGGCAAUUACUGAGAAAAGGGGUAAAAAGCAAUAAUGUUUUAAGAUGUGUAUAAAUAUUUUUGAUAAAACGUGUAUAUUUUAAGUCUCAUAACACUAUGUUGUACCUCAAAACGUUAACUUAUCUUUGACCAGACACUGUGCGCACUCCUUGCAGAUUUUGUUACUUUUUCCGGUAUUCUGUAGAAGUAUUUUAACUCAUUGUGGAAAAUAACAUUCCACUUUUGUUUAUCAGCAUUUGUGAUCAGCCUCAUCCCCCACUCGCUCACAGUCAGAGUGUGUUGUUGAGUGAAGUUUGAAUUCACUCAAAUUAAUUGCUUUUUCUACAGUUUCAUUCCAUAAAAAGAUUAAAAAUAAUUGCCAAAUCAUGUUGAUUUUGAGUGGAGACAAUGCAACACAAAAAGUGUUACAUUCUGAGAUUUGUCCAGUAAAAUGUGAUCUGCUAGGUUUCUAAUAACUUCUUUAAAGAGAGUACUGGAAUAUAAGGUAUAAUAGGGCCACUAAAAUAAUGUACAUGCAAGUUUGUCCAAAAAGGACAAUGGUAAGAGACUGUCUUAAAAAUAAUCAGGAAUAUAACUUCAAAACAUUUAGCUUUUUCAAGAUGCUGGUUUGCUGUUCCCUAUUUGAUAUAGUAGCUAUAGUCUAAUUACAAAACAAAACACUACACACUGAGGUAUACUCUGUUAGCCCUUUUGUUUGCAAAUGAUAGAUCUACAGGUGGCUGGGUCCCAAAAAGGUGCUUCAAAUUUAAAAUCCUACAGAAAAUAACUUUUGUAAGAACACCUUGUACAGAAAUGUUUGUAAUCUAAAUAAAUCUCUAAAAAUAUUAGAGGCAGGGUAUGUUCACACAUUUAAGCUGAAAGAAAGCACUAUUUUUAUCUAGUUUUAAAACUAUUUAGGCAAAUUAAGAUUUUAAACUCUAGAUUGUAAAUAUAUUUUGCUGUACUUGUAUGUGGCUGCUGAAGCACUUUGUAAAGAAAUUAGGAUAUUUUAGAAUGGUACACUAUGCAUUAAAUGAAAUGUGCCUUUAACAUUGUCAUACUACAAACUGUCUCGCAGUUAUCACAAAUUAAAGUUUAAAUAGUGAAAUUUGUAUAUGAAAA